CGUAUUUUUUCAGGUAACUCUUAAUUUGACCUAAUUAUGCACCUGACCAUAAUUUACCUUCCUUUGCCUACUUAAACUGCUUCAGUCCAUUGCCACAAUUGGCUAAGCGAAAAAUGGCUACGUAUGGUAACGAGACAGUCGACAACUAUAUUUACGCCUCUUACAACCCUUAUUCCUACAAAUAUCCUAAGUUUAAGGGCUGGAGACAGAAAGCUUACUUCGCCAAUUACGGGGAGUCUGAGACCUACUUGGACAACCACCACAGGGCGCAGCUGAAGUCCAUUCUGUCUCAGAUCAACCCGAACCUAACCCCGCGUCUGAGAAAAGCCAACACCAAAGACAUCGGCGUGCAAGUCAACCCGAAGACCGACGCGUCCGUCCAGUGCUCUCUGGGUCCGCGCACUCUUUUGGCGCGAAAGCGCGAGGCCCUGCGCCAGAGGCGGCAGGAGGUCCAAACACCCGGGAGCCCGGUCACUGGAGGCGUCCGGUUCCCGCGAACUCAAGCCGUGUAUUCUCCUGUCGCGUCCAGGAGACUAGUAUCCCUCAAGGAGGAGGUGGAGGAUACGGAGCCUGAGGUGUCGGUGAAGGUGGACGGCGCUGAGAAGAUCGAGAGUCCUGAGAGAGACGUGACCAAAGAGGGCGCGAAGGAAAGCAAGAACACGCUUAGUCCUGAGAAGGAAAACCCCAAACAGACAGAUACGAAUGAGGAAAACCGUAGCGAGUUGGAGAAAACUGGACAAGACGAAUCGAAGUCCAAGGCUCGAGUAAGAUUCCAGUUUUUGGAGCAGAAGUACGGUUACUAUCACUGCAAAGACUGCAACAUGCGCUGGGAAAGUGCUUAUGUGUGGUGUGUCCAAGGCACAAACAAGGUAUAUUUCAAGCAGUUCUGCAGAACAUGUCAGAAAUCAUUCAAUCCAUACCGUGUUGAGGACAUAACCUGUCAGACUUGUAAAAAGACCCGCUGCACAUGUUCUGUAACGUCGCGUCAUGUGGACCCCAAAAGACCUCACCGGCAGGAUCUGUGUGGCCGUUGCAAAGGCAAGCGGCUCUCCUGUGACAGCACGUUCAGCUUCAAAUACAUAAUCUAGCACAUAUUUGCCAUGCUGUCAAGCUUGGUUGUUGCCUAGCAGGAAAUAUCCACUUCAGUAGUCUUUGCAUCCCCUAGACUGCACUGGGGAGACAGACCCAUAGGUCACCACAGUCUCCUUUUACUUUUUUUGUUUUGCUUUAAUUUGCAC